AUGGCGACGGCUCCUCUCACUUGUAAUAAUCCCCCAAAACUCAAAUUCAAACCCCCAUUUCUCAACAAUUCAACUUAUUCUCCCUCUAAUAUUCCUCGAAAUUACAAAAAGCCCCGGCACUGGCAAUCUUUAUCUCCACGCAUGGCAGUAAACCCCAGCUCGUAUGCUCAAAUCGGUAGAAGAAUUGACAAUGUGAAAAAUAAUUAUAGUUAUAGUAAUAGUAACAAGAUUUACAAAAGGCUUGAUUCUUGUCUAGUAAUCCCUCCGCCCCAAGGCGUGAAACCCAAAGCACUCAUCAAAUUCCUCGGCGGCGCCUUUAUUGGAGCUGUGCCAGAAGUUACUUACAGCUAUUUACUCGAGCUUUUGGCUAAGGAAGGAUAUUUGAUUAUAUCUGUGCCGUAUAAUGUGACAUUUGAUCAUGCCCAAGUUACUAAAGAAAUUUAUGAACGUUUCCAUGCAUGCCUGGAUUCAAUUUUGGCGUCUGGAUUGCCUGAGAAUGGACUUUCGGGAGUCGAGAUUGCUGAUCUUCCUUUUUAUUCAAUUGGACACAGUAAUGGCGCACUUCUUCAGGUGCUCAUGGGAAGUUAUUACUGUGAGAGGAUACCAAAGGCUAAUGCAAUAAUAUCAUACAACAACAGGCCAGCAUCAGAAGCAGUACCAUACUUUGAGCAGUUAGGUCCUCUAGUCAAUCAGAUGAUGCCAGUCAUGGAGGCCUCCCCUAUGUAUUCGAUGGCUCAGAGUGUCACAGGAGAUGCAUGGAAAGCACUAGUUGACGUGGCUGAAAGAAUCAUACCCGACUAUGACCCAGAAGCUGCUAUUUCAUUGAACAAAUUUGUUGAUCAGUUGCCUGCAGUAUUUAAUCAGGUUGCUCAAGGGAUUUCUGAGUUCAAGCCAACGCCUUCUGAGAAUCUUGACUGUUUUAAGACGUUAUACAAUAUUCAACACACUCUAUUGAUAAAGUUUGAUUUUGAUGCAAUUGACGAGACAGAUCUCCUUGAAGAGACACUAAAGCCCCGUGUGGAGUCUUAUGGUGGAAAACUUGAGAAAGUUAUUUUAGGUGGUAACCAUAUCACACCAUGUGCACAGGAACCAAGGUGGCAAGUAGGACCAGUGUACACUCCAGCAGAUGCUAUUGCUCAAGGGCUGAAGGCUAUUUCUCUAAAUGACACUAGAGUCCUAUCUAGAACCAUCAGUAAAUGGUUAAGCGGACUUCAAGUGUAA